UACGUUUUGUUUUUUGCGUGCAAUUUACUUGGCUACUGGCAAACGCUGCUGGCUAGUUUUGCGCGGUAUAGUCAGUCAUCUAUAAACAAUUGGCGCGCGAUUUUGCUGCAAUUGCUGCACGGAGAUCAAGUGUGAAGAGGGGAAGCGAUAAUUCAGCAUUGCAUCCGGCGGCAUGGCUGCGAUUGUACACGAGGAAAUCUCAGUAACAGCAACCGCGACGCCGGCGCCGGGCAGCGCCCUCGCGGCACUCCGUAAAGAUCAAGGCGCCGACGCCCUCGCUCAGCUCGGCGACGCGUCAACCUGCGACGCGUUCCUCGCCGACGACGACGCGUGCGCGUUCCUCGCCGUGGCGUGCGAACGCGCGCCGCGCACGCGCUUGCGCGUGCGCCUGGAGCUGCGCGCGGGCGGCGGCCUCGAGGCGCUCGCGGCGCUCGUGAGGGCCGCGCCGCCGCGCCCGGGCGCGUUGCGACUCGCCGCGGCCCUCGCCGGCGACGCGGCGGGCGCCCGGGCGCUGGCGCGGCGCGGCGCGCGCCACGCCGCCACGAAGGCGCUCGACGACGGCCGGACGAGCGACGCUGCGGCGAGUCUCUUGGCGGCCGUCGUCAGCGCCAGCGAGUCCGACGACGACGACGACGAGGGCCUCGUCGCCUACGGCUCCGCCGUGUUCCGCCGGACGCUAAGAGGGCGCCAGCGGUCCCACAGCGACGUGGGCUUCUGCACGUGGCCGAGCGCGGCGGUCCUCGCGUCGCUCGCGCCGCAGGAAAUCCCGGCGGCCUCCCGCGUGCUGGAGCUCGGCGCCGGGACGGGCCUCGCGGGGCUGGUGUUCGCGUCGCGCGCUUUGUGCGGCGCCGUGACGCUCUCGGACCGCAAGGGAGCUUGUUUAGCAAACUUGCGGGAGGCCGUGGCCGUGAACGACUUUGGGGCGUGUGAUGUGACCGUGGAGCGCGUCGACUUCUGCGCGCCGCCAUCAAGCAUCGCGGCGAGUUACGACGCGGUCAUCGCCGCGGACUGCGUCUAUUCGCCUGAGACGGCCACGGCGCUGGUGGCGACGGUGAGGACGGCGCUGAAGCCCGGCGGCCUGGCGUUGGUGGUCUGCGCCGAGACCCGCGUGCGCUUCGGCAGCGAGCUCGUCGAGAGCGCCUUCGCGGAGGAAGGAUUUGAAGGUACCGUCGAGACCGUCACGCCGCACGCUUUGCCAUUUCUAGCAGAGGCGGCGGGCUACGCUGAGGGCAUGAGCUUCGACGUGCACCGCUGGCGCCUCAUAUAA